AUGCUACCUUUUACGCCCAAAUCGACUUCAAAAUCACGUGAUAUCAGUGUUAGAAAAGACACGAGUCGUAUAAUAAUGACUCAAAUGAACGAUGAUGACAAGCCGCUUGGUCCAUCAAAAAUUGUGCAAUUAGAAGGAUUUUUUGAUGAACUUUUCAAAAAGUUAUUCAACUUGAUUGCAAAUAACGGUGUUGUUCGCCCGGUUGAAACUGAAUUAAUACAAAUGAUUAUUGGUCUAAUCACUGAAAUGAUACACGACCUUAAUCUUGAAUUAGCCGUCUUUCAUUUAUCAUUACCAAAACGUUUAUCAUCAUCAAUUCACAAAUUACCAAAACCUAAUCAAGAAUUAUCUAAUCUUAUCGAUUUAAUGACCAAAACAGACAACACCAAUACUGUUCGAAAUGAAGUACCAAUUACAUCAAUUAAAAACGUUCAUGUAUUCUUGGAAAGUAUCGUAGCAACUGAAAAUAAAUUUAUGGAAAAAUAUGAUACUAUACCAACUAUAUCUGCACAUUAUGAUAAAGAUCAGUCUUAUAUAAAGCUGCUGGAUAAAGCACGUGGCUGUACUACAAAAUGUGAUGAUGGUAAUAAAGAUAGUUACAGCACAGGUCAUCAACUACGUGCGUUCUCCAGUAUAAAAUUUGAAAUUACAAAUGAAGCUAGUCUAAAACAAUGUCAUGAAAUUGAUAAUAAUGGUUAUAUUGUUGUCCGGGGUCACAGUGGGCAUUUUUUGCCAGAGCAGGCGGACUUUAGCUUUAUAAGUGAACUAAAAUUUCAUGAACCAUUUUUUAUAGGUUUCACGAUCCUCUUUCUAAUGGCAUGAGAGUUGGAUUUUGAAAAAGUUUUCUAAAGAGUUUUCCAGAGAUCCGGCGCCUGGAAAACCCUUCAGAAAACUUUCUCAAUAUUUAAAAACGAUGCCACUGGAAAGAGCAUUGUCGAAAACCUAUAAGAAACAUGUUUCGAGUCGUUCAGGUUACUUUAUCUUGAAAUUCAAAUUUUC